UUGUGUGUUUUUUGGACUCUUUCAUUCGCGCCUCUCCCGCCCCCCCUCUCUCUCUCUCUCUCUCUCUCUCUCACUCAAUCAUCUCUCUCCUUUUUUUUCUCUCUCUGUCGUCCCUCUCUCACUCUCCUUCGCUCCCAAAUCAUCCCUCUCUCGCUCUCUCUUUCUCAGUCGUUUCUCUCUUUCUCUCUUUCUCUCGCUCUCUCUCUCUCUCUCUCUCGCACUCACACUCUCUCUAUGUCUAUCUCUCUCACACAUGGUUACGCAUCAGUAAUGCUCUCUAUCUUUUGCGGUUUCUCUCUCAGACACAUCCACAACAUUUGGUUCACAGUCUAAGUACUGAGGAAUUCUAAAGGACAACUUCGAUUUUCCAAGGAGUGAUAAGAAGAGCACCUCAUGAGUUCAAGAUUGCAUCUUCACAGGGCUUCACCCCAUCCUCUCAAUUCUAAUGUUUUGGUUGCACCAACAUUUUAAAGAUCUCCCUGCUGAUCUUCCAAUGGUUCCAGCAGUUGUAGUGGCUCCAGACUUGAUAAAGCCUCAAGGCAGUAUCCAACAGGUUGUCUGAAUUCGGGGCAGGAAUACCUAAUUCAGUGGUGUGCACAACCAUUAACAAAGUCUGCAUCUGGGAUGAAGGGUGAUGGGACUUUCUCUGGUAAAUGGUAUCUCCAUUACUGUUGGAAUUUGGAUUGUGGAGGAGGAUUUUUAUUUUCUUCUGGUGUGGGAGGAGAAAGAGAGAGAUCAAGAGAUGGGGUUAGCAUGCUUGAAAAGAAUCCUUGGUUUGGGCAAGUUGGUGUUGGUGAUAAUGUUGAUCACUGUUCUCUAGUGCAAGUAAAAUUUCCAAAUGAAUAGAAAGUGGUACAGAUCUCUUAUGGGUGGAGGCAUACACUAGCUGUUUCAGAAAGGCAGAACGUUUUCUCUUGGUGAAGAGGUUCAUUUAGCUCUUGAAAGCAAGUUCCACUUCCAAAAUACAUCAGAAGGUUGAUAGAAGGUGAUUCAAGAUAGUUGUGGGAAUCAGAGUUUACACAUCAACUAGUGAAGAACAARCUCUGAGCAAUGGCCGACUAUGGAGGAGCGAUCUCUCUCUCACAAACCCGGGAAUGUCACACCUCCGAAGAAGAAGAUGACGAACACAGUGCGAGAAACGGAACACCGUUCAUGGGUGGUGGUGGAGUCACGAAGGUGAAAAUCAAUCACAACAACAACAAAACUGGGGGUGAUGUUGGGUCGAUGGUGGAGGUUGUUCGGAAGCCAAGAGGCCGACCACCGGGCUCAAAGAACAAACCCAAGCCGCCCAUCGUGAUUACAAGAGACAGCGAGUGCGCCAUGAGACCGGUAGUCCUCGAAGUAUCCGCCGGGUCCGACGUCGUCGAAAUGGUUUCACAGUUCGCUCGUCGCCGACACGUGGGUCUGUCUAUCCUCAGCGGCUCCGGCACUGUGGCCAACGUCACGCUCCGGCAUCCCGCCUCACACACAUCGACACUCACUCUCACCGGCCCUUUCCAUAUUGUUUCACUAUCAGGCACAUUUCUUGGGUCCUCGUCUUCAUCGUCUACUUCCUCUUCUACGUCCAAAUCUUGUCCUCCCUUUACCAUCUCCCUUGCAGGAGGCCAUGGCCAGGUCUUUGGAGGGACAGUUGCAGGCUCUCUUGUUGCUGGGAGCACGGUAGUUUUGGUAGCAGCUUCAUUUGUUAACCCUACGUUCCACCGUCUUCCAGGCGACGACGAAGAAACCGAGGACGUCAAGCCUGUAAAUUUGGUUAGUGGUAGCAGCGAUUCUUGCACGACUAACAUCCCUAUGGCCGUUUACAGUAUUGCAGCUCCAACGCCAUUGAAUUGUCAGAUCCCUCCUGAAGUCUUGCCAUGGCCUCCCACCUCACGUCCUCCUUACUAAACCUGCAACUGAAACUUCAUAGAAGAGGAGAAAUCUGAGAUACCCAUCUUUUGGUUUCCUCAGUUUUGGCCUCAAUCUACAGUUAUUUCUUUUCUAACUCUUCCGAUAUUAUACUAGCCAUCUCACUUCUUGCUUCCAUCGUUUCACUUAGAACUGCCUUCCAUUAAUUUCUCAAGUUUCUCUAGUCUUGUUCUAGCCGUUUUCCUUUCUGGCUUUCACAGUUCAUGCUAUUUGUUGUGGGUUUCCAAGUUUUCUUGUCUUUUCUCUUCAUUUUUCUAUUAACCCCAUUCACAAAGUUUUCAGGGGUCUCUUUUCGGCUUUGAUUUCCUUCUCGAGAAGCUGGGUAUUGGUGGUACUGAAGCUGUAGCUGUAGCUGCUGUGGUGCAACUCCUGGUCUGAUGAGACUGUCAGUUCUGAUAUUCUAUGUCAGGCUUGAGCCCCUCCUCUCCCCCCUCGGGAAGUGACGAUUCUCCACCCCCGAAGCAAGCAAAUCAGCACAGACUCRCACAGACGACUAGCAGAAAUAGAUAGAGAAAGGUAGAAUCCGAACUUGCAAUGAUCUUUGCUUGUUGUCCUUGAAAAAGAAAGGAUGAGAGAAACAACAUAUACAGAAACUAACAGGUAGUCUGAAAAGAAGAUGUAGCUGCAUGUUGCUUCUGAAUGUUCUGUAUCAUUGCCCAACAAGAUUAAGACUUCGUGUGUUUACUCUUCUCUGAUAUUACUAAAAUAUAUACACUGAUCUGUUAUGCCGGGUUUGGUACUUCUGAAUCA